AUGGCACUGUCUAGUGACAUAGAAAAUAAAAGAAAACAUCUAACUUUUUUGGAUCAUGUCCGUAGUUUAUCUGUCGGAGAAAAUCAUGUUUUUGUAGAACAUUUUUGUAAUCCAACCAGAACAGAAUUGAAACCAUUGCUAAAAGCCUUUCCGACCAAUAAACCAAGAAAACAUAAGGUGGGACCAUCAACUUAUUAUGAACGUUUUCCAGAACUUGCUCAGGUUGCCACAAAUAUAUUAGAAUUGUAUUCUGUUGGAGCGGAUGAUCGGCGUAGAACAGAUGAAGUACAUUAUAAUGGUUUAAGUAUAAAAGAACUGAGAGAAGCCGUCGUGAACCAGUUAAAAGAAAAGUAUCCAGAUAUACAAAAUGUCUCAUUAACAACAAUAAGACGCUUAAUGUUACCACCAUGUCAAAAUAGAAGAGCUGCCAAAUAUUAUACGGGAAAAAUAGCUGCAAAACGUAAUUCAAGAUCAUCAUUUAUUAGUCCUGAUUCGCAUUUUGCUCGUGCACAGGUACAGUUGAGAAAAAACCGA